UCCCCGCACAAGCCGUUGAUAGCUUCUUUGACGCGUCCCUCUUUCUAUUUCUCUUAACCGACGAUGAUGAAUUUCGUCUGAAGAAUCUUCAGACAAAAAAAAAGAAAAAGAAAAAGAAAAAAAAGCAAAAUACAUUCAGAUGACUGGUCUUCACGUCUCUUCUUCCCCAAUUAAUCAAACCCUAAUUCCAUAACAACUACGAUUUCCCCAGCUGCAUCAUCAUCCCCUUUUUCCUAGAUUGAAAAUUUUGUAUCUACAGUUUUAUGAUCCUUUAAUUCUAGAGAAGGAGAGAAUUUAGUUAGGAAUAUAGAAUUUAUAGAUAGAUACGUAAAGAGAUGUCGAAUUUAUAUGGAGAUUUUAAUCAGAAGAUUGAUUAUGUAUUCAAGGUUGUAUUAAUUGGUGACUCUGCUGUUGGUAAAUCUCAGCUAUUGGCGAGAUUUGCUAGAAAUGAAUUCAGUCUGGAUUCUAAAGCAACUAUUGGUGUGGAAUUCCAGACUAGAACCCUUACUAUUGAUCACAAGACCGUUAAGGCACAGAUUUGGGAUACUGCCGGCCAAGAAAGGUACCGAGCAGUCACGAGUGCCUAUUACAGGGGAGCAGUAGGAGCAAUGUUGGUUUAUGACAUGACUAAACGGCAGUCUUUUGAUCACGUUGCAAGGUGGCUGGAGGAGCUUCGUGGCCAUGCUGAUAAAAACAUAGUCAUCAUGCUUAUUGGCAAUAAAUCUGAUUUGGGUACCCUUAGAGUUGUAUCCACUGAAGAUGCCAAGGAAUUUGCUCAGAGGGAGAAUCUUUUCUUUAUGGAAACAUCAGCCCUUGAGUCCACCAAUGUUGAAACCGCAUUCUUGACAAUUCUGACAGAUAUUUACCGGAUUAUCAGCAAGAAAGCAUUAGUUGCCAAUGACGAACAAGAAUCCGCAGGAAAUUCAUCACUUCUCAAGGGAACCAAGAUAGUUGUUCCAGGUCAGGAGCCCGAAGGUGGAAGGAAAACAAUUUGUUGUGGUUCAUAGGCCUUCUCUUUUGAACAACCAAGUGUUCUGUUGUUCUUUAACUGUUCCUUUUUUUUUUCGGCCCCACUUCUUGCUUGUGUUUUUCCUUUCUUUAUUGAUGAGGCGAUCGUUAAUUCACAGCCCAUUGGUAAUUUCUUACUGUUUUUUCUUACUUCUCUGUAUACUUGUAACUUGUUUAAGGCACUUGUGUCACAAAAGUUUUGAAACAUCAACCCAAAAUCAACUACUUGAGUA